UUUAUUUUUUUCUUCUCGUUGUUGCCGCGAUAAAAUUCCUCGUCGAGCUCAUCGGGAAGCAGGAAACAGGCUCACACACGUCCCAUUCCGGACCUUGUUGUGGGAAACUUUUUUUUUUGGGGGGGGGGGGAGUGUUUUAAAGGUGGAGCCGCAGGGACAGGCAGGACACGAGCGGCCGCACUCCCCUUCUCACCCCCCCCCCCCCCUGUGGAAUGUUUGGCACAAUGGAGGAGUCUCGGGGAAGGAGUCCUUUUUUUUGCGUUGUCGCCCAAGAGGACUUGAGCUCGUAACAAAAAGAUGGCCGGGAUCAGCAGGAAGGGAUCCGGGAGACGCUCGUACUACUACCGAUUCCUGGCCAAGUCCCGCUUGCAGCGUCAGCGCAGUCGCUCUCGCAGUCGAAGCCGGCCGGCCGCCAGCAGGGAGUCGCCUCCAGAGAGCUCCGGGCGCCCACGCAGCGUGCCGGGCAGCCCGACGGACAGAACCCCGCCCGCCAUGGAGGCCGCCUCCGCCUCCGCCGCGCCCUUCAGAGUCACCGUGAGUACUGGCUUCCUGAGUCGGCGGCUGAAGGGCUCCAUCAAGCGCACCAAGAGUCAGCCCAAGCUGGACCGCAACUCCAGCUUCAGGCACAUUUUGCCGGGCUUCCGGACCGCCGACAACGACAGAUCUCAUCUGAUGCCCAGGCUGAAGGAGUCUCGCUCCCAUGAGUCACUGCUCAGUCCCAGCAGCGCCGUGGAAGCCCUGGACUUAAGCAUGGAGGACGAGGUCAUCAUCAAGCCCGUGCACAGCAGCAUCCUCGGCCAGGACUACUGCUUCGAGGUGACCACCUCCUCGGGGAGCAAGUGCUUCUCCUGCCGCUCGUCAGCCGAGAGAGACAAAUGGAUGGAGAACCUGAGGAGAGCCGUGCAGCCCAACAAGGACAACAGCCGGCGGGUGGAGAACACGCUGCGACUUUGGCUCAUCGAGGCCAAGGACCUCCCCGGCAAAAAGAAGUACUUUUGCGAGCUGUGCCUGGACGAGGCGCUGUACGCCCGCACCACCUGCAAGCUGAAGACGGACAACGUCUUCUGGGGCGAGCGCUUCGAGUUCAACAACCUGCCGGCGGUGCGCGACAUCACGGCGCACGUCUACAAGGACGCGGACAAGAAGAAGAAGAAGGACAAGAACAACUACGUGGGCUCGGUGGGCAUCCCGGCGGCGGCGGUGAGCGGCCGGCAGUUUGUGGAGAAGUGGUACCCGCUGGGCGGGGCCAACCCGGCCAAGGGCAAGACGUCCGGACCCAUGAUCCGCAUCAAGGCCCGCUACCAGAGCGUCAGCAUCCUCCCCAUGGAGAUGUACAAGGAGUUUGCCGAGUACACCACCAACAACUACAUGCUGCUUUGCGCGGCGCUGGAGCCCGGCAUCGGCGUCAAGAACAAGGAGGAGAUGGCGUGCGCGCUGGUUCACAUUCUGCAGAGCACCGGCAAAGCCAAAAACUUCCUGACGGACCUGAUGAUGUCGGAAGUGGACCGCUGCGGGGAGAACGAGCACCUGAUCUUCCGCGAGAACACGUUGGCGACCAAAGCCAUCGAGGAGUACCUCAAACUGGUGGGCCAAAAGUACCUCCAGGACGCUCUCGGCGAGUUCAUCAAGGCUCUGUACGAGUCUGACGAAAACUGCGAGGUGGACCCGUCCAAGUGCUCCUCGGGGGACCUCCCGGAGCACCAGAGCAACCUGAAAAUGUGCUGCGAGCUGGCCUUCUGCAAGAUCAUCAACUCGUACUGCGUUUUCCCGCGAGAGCUGAAGGAGGUUUUCGCGUCCUGGCGGCAAGAGUGCGGCAACCGCGGGCGGCCGGAGAUCAGCGAGCGGCUGAUCAGCGCCUCGCUCUUCCUGCGCUUCCUGUGCCCGGCCAUCAUGUCGCCGUCGCUCUUCAACCUGAUGCAGGAGUACCCCGAUGACCGCACGGCGCGCACCCUCACGCUCAUCGCCAAGGUCACGCAGAACCUGGCCAAUUUUGCCAAGUUCGGCAACAAGGAGGAGUACAUGUCCUUCAUGAACCAGUUCCUGGAGCACGAGUGGAGCAACAUGCAGCGCUUCCUGCUGGAGAUCUCCAACCCGGAGACCAUCUCCAACACGGCGGGCUUCGAGGGCUACAUCGACCUGGGCCGCGAGCUCUCCACGCUGCACUCUCUCCUCUCGGAGGUGCUCUCGCAGACGGAGCAGGGCGCCGCCUCCAAGCUGGGACCUCUGCCAAGGAUCCUGCGAGAGGUGAGCGCGGCGCUGAGCAAUCCGUCCGGCGUCGCCGCCGCCGCCGCGCCCGCGGGGUCGCCGGAGCGGACGGUCCCCCCGCCUGCCGAGGCCGGCUGUGGCAUCUCUUCGGGGUUGCAGAAGAUGGUCAUGGACAACGACCUCGCCGGAUUGGUGGACUUGACGCGGCUGCCCUCCCCCACGCCGGAAAACAAGGACCUGUUCUUCGUGACGAGGAGCUCGGGGAUCCAGCCCUCCCCGGCGCGCAGCUCCAGUUACUCGGAGAGCAACGAACCCGACUCGGGCAUGGCCAACGGCGGCAAGAGUCUGUCCAUGGUGGACCUGCAAGACCCCCGCCGGCCGGAAGAGGGCCCGGAAGAGGGCCCGGGCGCCGGCCCGCCGGACGCCCCGCUCUCCGCGGGAGGCCGGUCCGCCAGGGGGCCGACGCGCGGCGGCUGCAACUUGUGGCGCCCCGGCCAGAACUUGAGCGCGGAAGGCGCCCCGGGCCGGCCGGCCCAGCUCCUGGCCCCGCUGUCCUUCCAGAACCCCGUCUACCAGAUGGCCGCCUGCCUUCCGCCGUCCCCUCGGGGUCCCGCCGACUCCGGCUCCGAGUGCCACAGCUCGCUCAGCUCCCACAGCAACGCCGAGGACGCGCCGGCGGGCGGGAAGCCGGCCUUCCCCAACCACGGCGCCGACGAGUACGCCAGACGCUCGGGCGAGCCGGCCCGCCGACGGCCGUCCCCCGUCGAGUCGCAGCAGCAGGCGGCGGCGGCGGCGGCCCGGCAGAGCGGCGGCGGCCCCCAGCGGCGCAUCGACCAGCCGCCCCCGCCCCAGAGCCUGGCGCGGGGCCGGGCGCCGCCCGGUCUGCUCAACAGCGGCGCCUACGCCCGGCCCGGCUCGGGCGGCGGCGCGGUGACCUCGUCGCCCGACUGGCCCGCGAGCGGCGCCCGCCUGCGCCCACGCUCGUCCUCGUCCACGUCCAAGGGGGACAGUCCGGAAAGCAAGCACAGAGCGCAGCACAAGCAGGCCCCCUCCCCCGUGAACCCCAGCGCGCUGGACCGCACGGCAGCGUGGCUUUUGAAUAUGAAUGUGCAGUAUUUAGACCACGAGGCCGCGGAGCACGACUCGCUGAGGCACAGAGAGGAUCUGACGCAGGUGCAGAAGUACCAGCAGGAGAUCGCGCUGCUGCAGGAGAAGCUGCGGGCCUCGGUGCAGAAGCUGGAGGAGUACGAGGCCCGCCUCAAGGGCCAGGACGAGCAGGCCCAGAAGGUCCUGAUGGAGUACCAGGCCCGGCUGGAGGAGUCGGAGGAGCGCCUGCGCCGGCAGCAGGACGACAAGGACCUCCAGAUGAAGGGCAUCAUCAGCAGGUUGAUGUCGGUGGAGGAGGAGCUGAAGAAAGAUCACUCGGACAUGCAGGCGGUGGUGGACUCCAAGCAGAAAGUCAUCGAGGCGCAGGAGAAACGCAUCGCGUCCUUGGACGCCGCCAACGCUCGCCUGAUGAGCGCCCUGACGCAGCUGAAGGAGCGCUACAGCGCGCAGUCGCGCAACGGCAUCUCGCCCACCAAUCCCACCAAGUUGCAGAUCACCGAGAACGGAGAGUUCCGCAACAGCAGCAACUGUUAGAUGGAAACUUGGAGUCGCCGGGAGGGGGUGGGGGGCGAACCCUCCCCCGCACCGGUCAGGCCGGACGGGGCUUUGGCGGCGAGGGCGGCUUGGCCGCUUGUACAUACGUAGCAAAAGAGACGGCAGCGACCGGGGAGCCGGCGCUACGUCUUUGCGG